AUGAAAAUAAACAGACACUAUACCAAGCUACUACUACUAGUGGUGACCUCGUCCAUAUUCGUGCUUGUUUACCUGACAGUACGGCAGAUUUACCUUUCGCGCAAUGCAGUGUCCCCUAGCGACUUGUUGCGUCUUCAGCUAGACCUACUGCGGUCGACGUUGAAUGAUAACCAGAUUAUAUCCAACAUCAAGAUGAUCAAGUGCAACCGGUUGCUCUCGUGUCAAGUGCCCGAUGGAUAUACAAUCUUGAACCCAGCGUUGAACCAUCAUUUGGAGAGUGGAAAGAAGAUUUACGAUUGGGACGUGCAUGUCAUUGUGAAGAUGGCUAAGUUGGAAGAAGCGACAAAGUAUAUCUCCGACAUCAGCUUGCAAAAGAAGGACGGGUAUGAAUUGGUUACUUGCAGCAAGAAAGGCAGCAAAAACAACAAUAGCAGCAAUAACAAUAAUAAUGACAAUAAUGACAAUAAUGACAAUGAUGGUGAUGGCGAUGGUGACGAAGAUAACGAUAGCCUCAUGAGCACAACGGCCACCAAUUUCAAGUUUUACAAACAAAUCAAAGUCACCAACACGGAAAACCCCAUCAAGGACGACCAGCAAGUCUUGCGCGGAUUUGAUAUACUUUUCGGAAGCAACGACUUGGUCGACUCGAGGAAAUACCACCAAAGUUUGCAUCUAACGAGCCACGAGCUGAUACACCCCAUAUUAUCCAUUUCUAUGAUGAGCAAUAACGAUGUCGCCGAUCACAAGCGAGAUAUGAAACAGAAGGAUGAAAACAUGGGCAAGUUGACUACGACACUGGAAAAAUACAAGAUUAUGCAGCUUUCGGAUUUACACUUUGGACAAGAUUUGGGCCAUUGUGACUCCAAUGGCAAUAUUUGCAAAUCCUCCGAUUUGAAAACGUUAAAGUUUGUCGAGGCAGCGUUGAAGUUGGAAGAACCCGAGUUGGUGGUAAUCACGGGCGACUUAAUCGACGUGGACAGGUCGCUCGAUUACAAAUCGGUGAUUUUGAAGUCGUUGCAGCCCGUGCUCGCCGCGGGAGUCAAGUUUGUCUACACAUUCGGCGACGAAGUCUCGUCGGCUUCAAGCGAGAUCAAGAAGAACAUCAUUGAGUUUUUCGCCAGCUUGCCCAAUUGCUUAAACACCGUGCCCAACGCUGACGCGGAGCAUUUGAACGGGUUGAGCAACUACGAUUUCAGAAUCACCCAUACCGACUUGCAUCAAACGGUGGAGGUCUCGGUGCUUGACUCGCAGGGCCAUCUCAUUGACGAGUCGCAGAUCAAUUACUUGUACCGACUCAAUAACCAAGACACCAAAGCAGAUUACAAAUUGCUCUUUUUCCAUCACCCGCUCCCGCAGUUUCGACCAGAAGGGGUGUUUAAGAUUAUCGGAUCAUAUAAUGAGAAACACCCGAUGCAGACAGCCACCAGCGCCAAAUUCCACGACGACAUCAUCAACUGUGGCUAUCACGUGGUGUCGGUGGGGCACGAGCACGAAAAUGACGCUUGCAUAUUCUCGGAAUUGAGCAAAACUGCCAAAACAGGUGGUGGCAAUGACGACGCUGGCAAGAGCAUGUGGUUGUGCUAUAAUAGCAUCACUGGCGAUUCGGGAAUCACCAAGCUCAAUGAAGAGUAUGUGCGCAAAUUGCGCAUGUUUGAGGCUGAUUUCUCGAAGCAGCGGUUGCUUAGUUGGAAACGCAAGGAGGAUGACCAGCUGGCAUUUGAGACCCAGUUGAUUUAUCAAAAGGAUGUAUAA